UCACCGAAAAGGUCAACCACGCGGUGCGGCGGCGUAGGCGGCGCGUGCAUUGGAGGUCUCGCCGUCGCCAAUUCUCCACCGACGGAGCUCAGAAGACCAUUAAGAGGAGCCAAGGGGCGGAAGGACUGCGCGGCAGAUGGCCUUCGGCUCCUUGUUUUGCUGUGGGAGAUCCGCGAAUGGGCGGCAACGGCGGAAGAAGGGAUCGCCGACGUGGAGAGUGUUCUCGCUCAAGGAGCUGUAUUCGGCAACGAAUAACUUCAAUUAUGAUAACAAGUUGGGUGAGGGUGGAUUCGGCAGUGUCUACUGCGGUCACCUUCGGGAUGGAUCUCAGAUUGCAGUCAAGCGGCUAAAAGUUUGGAGCAACAAAGCAGAGAUGGAAUUUGCUGUUGAGGUUGAGGUUUUGGCAAGAAUAAGGCAUAAGAAUCUCCUUAACUUACGUGGAUACUGUGCUGAAGGGAAAGAACGCCUCAUAGUCUAUGACUAUAUGCCCAACUUGAGUUUGACCUCGCAUCUCCAUGGUCAACAUGCACGAGAAGGCCUCCUUGGAUGGGGUAGGCGUAUGAAUAUUGCUAUAGGUUCAGCCGAGGGAAUUGCGUAUCUUCACCAUCAGGCAAUGCCACACAUCAUCCACAGAGAUGUCAAAGCAAGUAAUGUUUUACUAGACUCAGAAUUUCAGGCACGUGUUUCAGAUUUCGGAUUUGCAAAGUUAAUUCCUGAUGGUGCAACGCAUGUUACCACAAGGGUAAAAGGCACUCUUGGUUAUCUUGCACCAGAGUAUGCCAUGCUAGGUAAAGCAUCAGAGAGUUGUGAUGUCUAUAGUUUUGGAAUUUUGCUUCUAGAGCUUGCCACUGGAAAGAGGCCCAUAGAGAAGUUGAGCCUCACUGUGAAGCGCCCGAUAACAGACUGGGCUCUUCCGCUGGCUCGAGAAAGAAGAUUUAAAGAAAUGGCAGAUCCAAAGCUUAAAGGGGACUUUGUGGAGUCAGAAUUGAGGAGGAUGGUGCUUGUAGGACUCAUCUGUGCCCAGAGUAAGCCAGAGAAGAGACCCACAAUGCUUGAUGUAAUCAACUUGCUUAAAGAAGAGUCUAAGGACAAGCUUCUGAAUCUGGAAAAUGACGAGUUGUUCAGAACGGACCUUGCCGCUUGUCAUCAAAGCCUUUCUAGUUCUCAGGACAGUUCAGAUGGCAUUGAGAACGAUUCAGAAAACGAGAGAAUAAAGGGAGCUGGUCCUUCAACUGAAACCAUUUCUGGUAAUUCCUAGAGAGCUAGUAUACAACCAUUGAUGAUCGAUGAAUGAUGUUCUACUGAAAAAAAGUACCAAUUCAUGGUUUUUCCAUUUAAAGGAGAACCUUUUAUGAUUGGAAAAAUGCAAGACAACUUGAAAUGGUUUGUGGGCAUCAAUUAUUUGGAGAUUCCUUGAUACUGUGUUGUAAUUUUCUUCCUGAAACCUAUACAAUCCUUCGAGUAUCUGGAAGUAUUUUGAGCUGGUCUUUUGGCUCUAGUGUAGCCUCAAUGUUCAUUCUGUUUGAUGCUUAGAGAUUGCAACUGAUGUAAUUUCCGUAUCAUAUGACGCUUCCUAUCUUGGCUGCCUUGAUGCUGUAAAAAGAUUGAAGUCAAUGUAUUCAGAUUUCUGCUUCCA